AUGGGUUACAUUUAUGAAGCAAUGGAUAAGGCCAAAGAAGCAAUUCAAAUUACAUUUCGUGGAAUUGGAAAAGAAGAUAAGUAUAGAGAGAUUAUAGCUAUCAUUGAUAAAAAAUGGGAUUGUCAACUUCAUCAUCCUUUGCAUGCAAUUGGGCAUUAUCUUAACCCUCAAUAUUUUUAUUCUAAUCCAAAGCUUGAUGAAGAUUUAGAAGUGGUUAAUGGUUAUUUAAAAUGCUUCGAGAGACUAACUGCCAAUGAGGAUGAGAUGAACCAGGUUAUGGAUGAAUUGGAACUAUAUAAGAAAGCUCAGGGUCUCUUUGGCAUGGACUCGGCCAAAAGACAAAGGGAUAAAUUCAAUGGUGGGGGACGUAUGAAAAAAAUUGCCAUUAAAGUAUUGAGUCUGACUUGUAGCUCUUCAAGAUGUGAACAUAAUUGGAGUAUUUUUGAGCAUAUUCAUUCCAAGAAGCGAAGUAGACUUGAUAAUCAGAAGUUUUGCAGGACUUGCCGUGAUUUGAUUGAUCCCAUUCUCCUAAAUGGUUUUGAUGAAAGCAAUGAAUGGUUGGUGGGAGAUAUGGGUGGAGAUGGGGAACAUAAUGAGAAUAAAGUUGUAUUUGAGGGUGAUACCUUGACUUGGGUGACAUUGCAAAUGUAA